AUGGCCAGGAUGCUGGCCCGGACCAUCCACACAGGCACCCAGCCGCUGCAAGAUGCUGCAGGAGAGCAGGAAGCUGAAGAGAAGGCAGCAGCUCCCAGAUACACCAAUAAACAUCAUGCAUCGCAUCCCAGCAUCUACCCUCCCAUUCCAGGAGAGGAGAGCUCUCUGAGGUGGGCAGGAAAGAAGCGUGAGGAGAUCCCAGUCGCACACAUUAAAGCAUCCUACAACAACACACAGAUCCAGGUAGUCUCUGCCCGUUACCAGCCCCUUGCCCGCGCUUCCUGUGGCACAGAGGGAUUUCGGAAUGCCAAGAAGGGCACCAGCAUUGCAGCACAGACAGCAGGCAUAGCUGCAGCGGCGACAGCUCGACGAAAGGGUAUGACCCACAUCCAAGUUGUGGUGAAAGGCCUGGGGCCAGGACACUUGUCUGCCAUCAGCGGACUGACCAAGUGGGGGGCCUGGAAGUGA